UCUUUCCUUUCCUUUGUUAAAGGAAGUCUUUGUUCCCUCUUUCUGACCACAUCUUCCGGUCUUUCGCAGUCACUAGCGCUAUCCUCUUUUAAACCAACCUAAACCAACCUCUUUGGGAUGGCACUGGGCAACGCCUCGCUGGGUCCUUCCGUUCCGUAUUCGUUCCCUGCUGCAUCGUUGUGCACCCAAUGCUUUUUACAGUCCCCUCGCCUUUCCCUUCGUGCUUCAGCAGCUCUCACCGAGAAAGCCCGGUUCGUUGCUCGGCGUAAGGAGUCCAUUUCCGUUAGGCAACUCGAACGUCCACUAAUUGAGUACAUGCGGUUGCCGGCUAGUCAGUAUUCUGUGUUAGACGCGGAGAGGAUUGAACGCGUGAAUGAUAACACCUUCAGGUGUUACGUUUACGGGUUUAAGUUCUUCAACUUUGAGGUUAUUCCGGUUUUGCUUGUUAAGGUGGAAGAACAACCUGAUGGUUGUUGCAUCAAGCUCUUGUCCUGCAAGCUGGAGGGCUCGCCCAUGGUGGCUUCUCAGAAUGACAAAUUUGAUGGUAAGCAUUGAAAUUCCUUUCGCCUUCCGAGUAAUACCAAAGCAAGCGAUUGAAUCUGCUGGAACUCAGGUCCUUGAACAAAUACUUAGGAUUAUGCUUCCCCGGUUUAUGUCACAGUUAGUGAAGGAUUAUCAUGCGUGGGCUUCUGGCGAUACCUCAAGGGAGCCACUUGGUACUGGUGAAAUAUGAAAUCUCGUUAUUAGCGAUUGCAGCUGGUGCUGGAAGUAAAUUCUAGUGGUUAACUGGUUAUAGUUUAAACAAAAUCCGAUUGUGGCAUAUGCAUGCAAGUUGGCUUGUUAUUUCACUAUAUUUUUAUGAUACAUUUUCGACCUAAUAGUAGGAGUGUGGAAAUCAGCAAAAUUAGAGCUACUCAGUCAGUCACUACAACAUAGUGGUAAUUGCAAGCGUUAUGGCAAUGUAACUUUUGUGCAUGCGUUAUACUAUAGUAAGUAGCAGGUUAGGGGAAGAAAAUGCUGCGAGCUUGUUUAAGGGUUGGGGAAUGUGUUCUAUCAUAAGGCUCUCACAAAAUGCUGCUAUUUUCUUCUUUUAUGACUUGCAGACAUUUUUUUGGGUAAUAAAAAAUGAUUCUUUUGUUUCUUUUUA